AUGGAUUUCCCCAUCAAGAAGUCUCUCAAAGAUCGUCUCAAAUCACCUCCUCCUGCCAAACUCUCACUUGGCAAGGACACUGAUGACAAAUCCGACUUCAAGGUGGACAUGGAGAUUGAGGACACUGCCAUGGAUCUUGACACUGGACACAUCGACAAACAAAGAUCGCUCUAUUUUGAUUGA